GAAUUAACCAUCCCUUGCAAUCGCUUAAUUCUUUUCCUGGCGCUGUUUGGAAGCUGUUGAUCAGGAGUAUUUACCUUCAACUCUAAUUAACGGCAUUUUAAAAUAAAUAUUCUCUAACAAAAAGAGCAGUGUGUGAAUAAGUGCUCAAAUUUCCAGCAUUUCUCCGGCGUUACGUCAACUUUUCUUUUUUGUGGCGUCCCGGAGAUUGGAUGCUUACGACUCGCAAUGGAUUCGGAUAGGGAAAAACACAUUUCUGUAACACAUUUCAUAAACCCACAAUUGUUCUGGUUUCAUGAAAAUACUGUUCCCAAUGCGGACUUCCAUCAAAUUAUGGAGAUGGAAGAUCAACUCGAGCAAUACUACAAAACUCAUCAACCGUGGACCCAGAACGUGCGCAAGCCACAAGUUAAAAUGCUGGUAGCUGCAAAAUUCUUAGCCUGGCAAAAAAUGAUACGAGCACGUGUUGAACAUAUUGCAAACUUCAGUAAAAAUAAUCAGGAAGGUGAAUUUAUAUUGUGGGCAAUUGAUUAUGGUUUUCCCUUUCAAACCAAAUCGGACUAUAUCUUUCGUUUACCGGAUAAGUUGUGUAAUAAAGUUGAUCGCAUACGACGUGGGGGACUGUGUGAUCUUUCUCCAGCUGAACAGGAUUUUGAUUUUCGAAUGAAUUCUGUUGUAACAAAUGCCAAAGAACUUUGGAGCCAACGCGCAUGCGAUCUAUUCGACAAACUGCUAAACGAGUCUGAAUCUGUAGUGUUUAUUGAGAAAUUCAAAACCAAGGACCACAUAUGGGGCGAUGUAAUUGUGACUACGCAUUUGGGAGAUAAAUACAACGUCCGUGAUUUCCUUAUUGGUAUGUGUUUGGCAAUGGACGCUAAGGAAGAUUUCCGCAGCAAGUGUCUCAAUUUGAAAGCCACAAAAAUUUUGCCAUGGAUGACAAAUAGUGGCAAUAGUAAAUUCAGUGUAAACAAAGCCUUCUUGUGUGCCCGUAGCGAUCGUGACGAUAAAAAAAUACAGCAAUUGGUUAGCGUGGAAAGAAAUGACUAUGCAAAGAAAAAAGUGGAGGAUUGGUGUGCACGAAAUGAACUAGCGACAUUUCAGGAAUCGCCUGACAUCGAAGCCGAUAUGUUACUGGGCAGUAUUACAUUUGACGAUUCAGUAUCGAACAUUAAUUUUGAAAUUCGAAAACAAGAAUUCGAUGAAGCCGGGGAAUUAGCGAAAAAAGCAAACCUGACGAAGAAAGAAAGCCCAGAAAAGCUAAGACAAUUUGAUUUCGACUCAAGCGGUGAAUCCCAUAAACCUUUAAUUGAAGCGGAAAAUAACUUUGAUUUGAGGGAAAAACUUAUUGAUGAUGUAGAGUCUGUCUGCGAUGAAAUAAAUGAACAAAAACUUGGCAUGGCAGGGGCAUUGACCAAAUCAAGAAAAAAUAAAUACGACCGAAGAGAAUUACCACCAAAGCCAAGCAGUGUUGAUUUUGAUAUGAGUACUGAGUCCGAAAAAGAAAUAAGAUUAGCAAAUAAAGAAGCACAAGAGAAUGCUGAGCUCCUAAGUGGGGUACAAUCGAUGGCUUCAAUGAAUACGUGUAUUUCGUCUAGGAAAUUAAGGUUACUGGAAAAGCGGAAGCAGAUGAACAAGAAACAGUCUUAUGAGCCAAAUGUAGCCAAAACACAGAAGGCGUUGAGCAUUGAGAACGUGUGUCAUACGAAAAAUAAUCUCAUAGAUUUAAGCUCUAAUGCGAGCACUGCUAUAGACUCGGACAUAGAAAAACAAAUGCAAAAAACUGUUUUGGAGGAUUAUGAGAACAGCACCUCUAACAAGAGCGCUGUAUCUUCGUCGACUGCAAAUUCUCGUCACAAACAAGAAGAAAGUAACACUGACAGUACAUCUAAUACAAACGAAAUUAGCACACCACAAAGCUCAAGUGCAUCAAAACGAAUGGAAAGGCUUAGAAAGAAACGCUUGGAACAUAUUAAAGCAGAUAUGAUUGAAACUAAUAAACAUGAUGGUAUGAAAGAGGAUUCAUCUAACAACAGCAAGAAUCAAAAUCACACACAAUUAAGCUGCCAAAGUGAACACAACGCCGCGACUACUAAGACCAGCGCUCAUAUUAGCCGUUUGAUGAACUUGCGUAAGAAGUUAAACAAACAAGAAGAAAGUAACACUGAGAGCACAUCUCCUAACACAAAUGAAUUUAGCACACCACAGAGCUCAAACUCUUCAAAACGAAUGGAAAUGCUUAGAAAGAAACGCUUGGAACAUAUUAAAGCAGAUAUGAUUGAAACUAAUAAAUAUGAUGGUAUGAAAGAGGAACCAACUAACAACAGCAAGAAUCAAAAUCACACACAAUUAAGCGGCCAAAGUGAACACAUCGCCGCGCCUAAGACCAGCGCUCAUAUUAGCCGUUUGAUGAACUUGCGCAAGAAGGUGAAGGAUAUUAAGAAAGACUCUCAAUUCGAGCUAACUGAUUCGAGAUCACGUUUUUGGCCACCUGCAGAGUCGCUUAACGAAAAAUCUACAUUCCAUGGCUUACGUAUGAUACCAGCUGGCUUUGAUAUCACCAACCUAAAUCAUUACAAAGACGAAAAGAAUCAUUGGCAUCGUAAAGCGACCACCCGUUUUGAUUAUGUACCACAUGACUCUGAUAUACAAGAAAUGAAUGAAGAGGAACUUACAAAUCAUCGUUCGCGAGGUCGACAUGCCGAAAGCUCAUCAAAUCAAAAUAAGAGCAUUUUAGACACAACUGUGCCAAAACUAAAUGAGGAUCCUAUAGACUUUGGCAAUUUCCCUAAGCAUGAGGUUAAGAGCAGCAUACCCAAAGCGGAAGAGCAGCAAUCAUCACCCAGUGGAAGCAAUUUAAGCUCCCCUGCUCCGCGAAAAUAUGGUAGCCGCCGUUCGCUUAAAUCUCCAGCUGCUCAAAUAAAUAAAAUUGAUGAAAUACUUCGCAGUGCUUAUGACGAAAAGGAAGGUGGCAAUGAUGAGAUACUGGACUUGAAAAAUCUCAACUCUAGCGGCUGCAAAGAUGAAUCUGAUAACACGGAGCUGUAUUCUGCUGAAGACGGAAAUAACGGCGGGUCUUCGUCGGGAAAUGAACAAUUUUCUUCUGAUCAGCAUUCAUCCAAUAACCGCUCAUUGAUUAGAAGUCGCUUGCAAAAAAAAUUGACUGCACAACAUGCACACUUAAAGCAUAUAGAAGAACAACUAACGUCCGAACUGAAUGGAUCCAAGCCCGAAUCCUUUCGUGUUCAAUUGCCGCAAGUAUGUGACUUACUAGAAGUUGUGGGUGAGCAUAAACUAAAAACUAAAUUCAUUGACCAUUUGGUGCUGGCCCAUUCUAAAGUGCCGCUAACCUCGCUAUCAACCAUAUCAGAAGCGUUCUUUCUCAAAGAGAUACACGACGAAAUGGAGAAUAUGCGUGUUACCAAGCUGUAUCGCAUACAAGCUUACUCUUGGCCACACUUGUUGCGUGGAAAUUCGCUCUUUGUCGUGAACCCAAAUAAGUCGGGCAAAACAUGGAGCUAUUUGCCCGCGAUUUGCAGUUUGGUGGCUUAUCGCAUACAAAGUUGUCGCCUAGCCGAGACUUAUGGUCCUGUCGCUAUUAUCUUAGUCGCCACUUCGGCACAUGUGGAGGUUGUGCAUAGCCAUUGUAAGCGCUUGCUUUUAGGCGUGCGGCCGGCAGUGACGACAGUUCCUUCAUAUGGAAUCCGCAAUGCAAAUGAUGCAAAAAUCCAAUUGCUUAAUAGUUGCGGCAUAUUGAUAGCGACGCCAGCUAGUUUAUUGCGUCUUUUGCAGGAUAACGAAAAUGAAUCGUUAAUUGACAUAGAGCGGCUCAAGCACUUCGUUAUUGAUGAUUUAGAUUUGAUGCUUUCGCGUUCUCAGGAUGAUAUAGAAACGGUUUUGAAGACGUUCUUCAUUAUGUCUAAGCGUAGCGGUAACAAAGACACAGCACAAGCAAACUUGGCUUGGCAGUUAGUGGUGACAUCACGUGAUUGGGAUUCGUUGCUUGUGGCAUUGAUGCGUAAAUCAAACCAACCGUUGCUCUUAAUAGGAGAUUUUCUGGAGGCGGCUGUGUAUGGCAGAGUCAUGAUAUCUAUUAAACUGUGUCCCAGCGAGCGUAAGAUCGGGACAAUUUUGGAAUUUAUAGAACAAAACGCACUGGAAAACGAACAUAUUCUUGUGCUGUGUAACAGCGACGAUGAUGUCUAUGAAGUCGUGGAUGCGCUUACUACCUCCGCGUAUGUGUGUAUUGCCUACGACAGCCACGCUUCAUCGGAUGUGCGCAUCUUAAUCGAGGAAUGGAAGAAAAAGAAGGUAAUAUCCUCGCGCAUCGUAGUUUGCGCCGAUUCCUCGUUUACAGAUCUGCGAAUCCAAAAUGUGUCAUAUGUCAUACAUUAUUCCAUGCCCACAUCUUGGACCAAAUUUACAGCACGCUUUUCAGCAUUAGCGCAAACCUAUGACAACUAUGUAAGUAAGAAUUUCGAUUUGCCCACUGGCUCGGACCGACCAACCGCGCGCUCCUUGAUAUUGCUUGACGAAGAGAAUAGCAUUCAGCUGCCGCGUUUGAUGGAUUUCAUGAAAAGGCAUGAUCAAUUGAGAUUGAUACACGCAGAUAUUUUAGCUGUGUCCAAGCGAGUGUUGAUUGAGCGCGAAGAAGGGAGAAUACUACAAGGCACGCGUAUGUGCCCUUAUGUACUUGAAUUUGGGGAGUGUGAUGAGGCGCGAUGUGACUUCCGUCAUAACCUUACGCGUUUCGAUGCAGUUUCUAAAAAGGAUCACAUUCCAACAGCCGGCGACAUCCGCAUACUAAUAUUAAAGGUAUUUUCACCCACUCAUUAUGCCGCCCGUUUGCUACAACAUCGCUCACCAAACUCCGCCAAAUGGAAAGAUAUUCGACGCUCCAAGGAGGUCUGCAAUUUCAGCAUGCAAAUGAAUUUGCAUUAUUUGAAACGAGAGAAUUGGAAUAUGCAUUGGCCAUUACAUAUAGGUGAUUUGUGUGUUUACAAAUACGCGGAUUCGUAUCAACGGGCUCGUAUUCUUGAAUUGCCAGAUGUGCGAAAUACGGACAUUAUUAAAACUAUAAAACUAACUGUGAAAUUGAUCGACGAGGGUAGCAUCAUUUCUAGUGUUAAAUCCGAUGAACUAUUCGUGUGCCAUGACAAAUUUAAAGAGUUUCCUGCGCAAGCAAUUAACAUACGGCUCUCAGGUGUCGUUCCAUUCGACAACGAGCGCACCUGGGAUACGAAGGCUACUAAAACUGUACAAAAGUGGAUAAUGACCGAUAUUAAAAUGAAUGAGUGUGUACAUGUAAGCAUCAAUUUCACACUUACCGACACAGUUUGGAUAAACAACGUAAUUGUGAUGGAGCAGCUCGAAAAGGUGGGACAAUAUGUGUACCAUUUGAAUUUGAAGCGCUCACUAUUGGAGAAAAAUAUUGCGUCAGCAGCUGAUUGCAAACGACAGGGCAUACGCGAAAUAGCAGAGGAAUUACAAUUACUUGCAAGUGACGAUGCAGAUGCCACAGUUAGUGACUCUGAAAUGGAUUUCAAGAGUUGUAGUGAGCACAAUGCAAGUAACCUAAUAAAAUUUUCCUCUAAUGAUGUGACUAUGGAAAGUGAAAUGCUACUACAGGCGGACAAUCCAGAAAACAACGCAAAAGAGGUGCAGAAAUCUGAAGAGCCAACCAAAACCAAUGGUGUCAAAGAAGAAGACGAACAAGAAGAUUGGGAUGCACAAUUAGGUGCUAAUGAGAUUUAUUUGCCCCUACGAAUAGACGACGCCCCUGAAAAAAGCGAUCCGGCGCCAACGACAGUAUUGUCUCAAAUUGAUCAACCCGACGUUUUAACCACCAAAACAUGGAAGGAAGAGUGGCUUGCAUUGCCCACAGAGGAGAUUGUUAAGGUGGAAAUUGGAAGUGAAGAAGAAAAUGGUAAUUGGGGUGACAUUUAUUUGCAACAUGUCGGCGAUGAACAAAUGCAAAUAUUCGAUGAAUUACUCGAGUUAACUAAAUCUCACGUAAGACAGUUGCAGCGAAAGACGUUAAUUCCAUUUCCUGCUUCUUGGUUCAAGCCUAUGCAAAAUUGUAUCGUACACUAUGAAGAUAGGUACUUGCGCGCCAAGCUGUAUGGCAUCUUUAGUACCGAUUCUUCAAUUGGCGCCUCUUCUUCGUCUAUAUAUCGUUUCUUUUUAUGCGAUUACGCAUGUUUCAUAAUGGCAAAACCUGAAGAUUUGUAUAAUGACUUUUUGUAUCCAACCACCAAAGAAAUAGUGGAGUUUACACCUUAUCAGGCGGUGCAUUGUUCUCUUGCUGGAAUUCAGCUAAAUCGUUUUGCGAAGACUUUCAAAGUAACCAAAGAUUAUCUGUUUGCAUAUGCGGUAAAAGCACAAGAAACAACACCGGUGGACAUACCUGACUUCCACAUAAAAUCUUAUGCAAUUCUGUUGUAUGAAAAUGAAACGGAAAACGAUUUAAAAACGAUUGAAAUGCUCAAUAAAGCUUUAAUUAGUAACGGUGUUGCCACUGUAGAUGAAAAAACAAAACAUUUUCUGAAUAUUAAAAUAAAACUACCGGAAGUACCUAAGGAUUUGUGUAAUUUUCAAGAACUUUUGUGCUGCAUACAACGCUCGUUUCAACUAGAAAUGGAGGAGGCUAAGUACUCGGUAUCUCCGUCUCCAUUGCAAGCAAUUGAACCACCUAAACUUCAAGCACCACAAGAAAAGGAGCCGGUCGCCGGUAGUGUCCUUAAUCCGCACAGACCCUACAAACCAUUAAAUUCCAAACGUCAUGGCGUUUCUAGCGGUAGUGAUGAAGAGCCCUUGCUAUCAUCGACGACCAAAACUUCAAGCAGCAGCGAUAACGAUCAGUCAUUUAGCUCACCAUCCACAGCACAUGAUACCACAUCCUCAUCGAUAUCUGGCUGCGCGCCUCCACCAGCAUUACUAACGAAACACAAACGCCCACAUGUUACCUGGUACGAUACAGAUUGUUUCAUCUAUUUGGUCAUAAACGCGCCCGAUAUUAACGACUAUUACCUAGAAGUAACUGCUGACAACUUGAUAUUUUACGCCAUAAUUAACGAUCAACCACAUGCACUAGUGCUCAACUUUCUGGGUAUUGUGGAGCCUUCGUUGAUUUCACACGAAAUACGCGGUUUAAAUGUGAUGGUGCGUUUGGUCAAGGGCGUAUUCAUGAAGUGGCCACGUCUAUUGCAACAGUCGAUGCGGUACCCAUGGAUCACUUUCAACUUGAACGCCAUUGAUUUGACGGAGGUGGAGAAACUGCUGCCACAACAGCAACUGGAAAUGAUUCUGCAGAAAACAGCAGCACUUAACCGCAGCGACAGUUAUAGUAGUGAUGAAUCUGAUGACGAAGAACGCAAUCUAUUUCAAACAUUUACACCCAUAAUUAACAGCGAGGAUAUACAUGAUCCCACUGUUGAGAUAUUUUGACACCAAAAGGCAAUGAAUUCCUUGAACAUUAAGUUAGGCUACGUAUUUGGCAUUCAGAUGGCGUUCGGCUUGCAUUUCUAAAAUGUUACCUAUUCUUAGACAACGAAUUUAAACACAUUCAUAUUUUUGAAUAUACCAAAUAACUGUUAUUUUUUUGUUUUGAGAAUUUCUUUUACUAUUACUUUGAGUAACUACUUGUAUAAAAUUUUAAGAAACCUACAAGCAUACAUUAAAAAGUGACUUUUGAAUGAAAUUCCGCUGCGCUAAUAUGUACAUAUUUACAUUAAUCGUAUACAUACACACCAUAUAUACCUUAAGAAUUUCGAAUAUAAGUUCUGGGAUUUCCAAAGCUAAUAGUUUUUGUUCUUAAUAAAUGUAUAAAGAGUGAUUCUUAUACUCGUAUGUA